UGCGGGGAGUGAGUGGAGCGGGCAAAGUCCUUGGUUUAAUAAGCUGGCUGCUGAUCUCGUGCCUAGACGGGUGCGCACGAGACUCGGACCCGGGUCACUGACGUACAGUGUGGAAUUCCUGCUAAAGUGGUAAUGAUUAUACAAAGAGUGGUGUUGAACUCACGUCCUGGUAAAAAUGGUGUGCCAGUGGCAGAAAACUUCCGAAUGGAAGCGGCCUCCCUACCAGAUAAAAUCGCAGAUGGACAGGUACAAGCUCGAACCCUCUACCUCUCUGUGGACCCUUACAUGCGCUGCCGCAUGAAUGAAGACACAGGUUCUGAUUACCUCCUGCCCUGGCAGUUGUCUGAGGUGGCUGAUGGUGGGGGCAUUGGGGUUGUGGAGGAGAGCAAACAUGCUAACUUUGCUAAAGGAGAUAUUGUAACUUCUUUCAACUGGCCCUGGCAGACAAAGGUCAUUCUAGAUGGAAGACUCCUCCAAAAGCUAGAUCCACAACUUGUUGAUGGACACCUCUCCUACUUUCUUGGUGCAGCUGGCAUUACUGGGCUGACCUCCUUUCUAGGAAUAAAAGAGAAGGGACAUGUGACUCAGGGUGCCAAUCAGACAAUGGUUGUCAGUGGGGCUGCCGGUGCCUGUGGUUCUCUGGCUGGUCAGAUUGGCCGCCUAGAGGGCUGCUCUAGAGUGGUAGGAAUCUGUGGUACAGAUGAGAAGUGCUCCAUUUUGGUCUCAGAAAUGGGAUUUGAUGCGGCUAUCAAUUACAAGAAGGGGAAUGUGGCAGAGCAGCUGCAUGAACUCUGCCCAGCUGGCGUGGAUGUUUACUUUGAUAAUGUUGGUGGAGACAUCAGUGAUGCAGUUAUAAAUCAGAUGAAUCAGAACAGCCAUAUCAUCCUAUGUGGACAGAUUUCCCAGUAUAAUAAAGAUGUGCCUUAUCCUCCCCCACUGCCUCCUGCAGUAGAAGAAAUACAGAAAGCAAGGAAUAUCACAAGGGAGAGGUUUCUGGUAUUAAACUAUAUGGACAAACACGAAGCUAGUAUUCUACAGCUCUGUCAGUGGAUCAAAGAGGGGAAACUGAAGGUCAAAGAGACUGUGGUAAAAGGCCUGGAAAACAUUGGCGGGGCUUUCCAGUCCAUGAUGACCGGAGGCAACACUGGAAAACAGAUAGUGUUAAUUUCUGAAUAAAAAUCUUUGCCUCUUCAUCAGGCACCAACAACUAAAAUCCCCCUAAACUUGGAUAGCAGAGAUUUUUGGACACAAAAGUACAUUUGAAAAACUCUUCCAUUGAGGCUACAUCUUCACUACCCGCCUGAAUCGGUGGGUAGAAAUUGAUCUCUCGGGGAUCAAAUUAUCGCGUCUCGUCGGGACGCAACAAUCAAUCCCCGAAUCGAUGCUUGUUACUCCACCAGCGCAGGUAGGAGUAAGCGCCGUCGACGGGGGAGCCGCAGAGGUCGAUUUGCCGCCGUCCUCAGAGCGGGGUAAGUCGGCUCGGAUACGUCUAAUUCAGCUACGCUAUUCGCCUAGCUGAAUUUGCGUAUCUUAAAUCGACCCUCCCCCUCCUUUCCCCCCCCGUAGUGAAGACGUAGCCUGAGAAACUUAAAUUUGUAUCUGAAGCCAGGCUGUAUAGUAGCUGAAAUACUUCCAUUUCAUAGCCUGAAACACUCUUCUGCUGGUCCAUUUAGUUCAUUUCCUUACAUAGUGGUGUUUUACAUCAUGCCUACAAGUCAAGACAAGAGAGCAUUAUUAUAUGAAUCCUAAUUUAUCCACACAAAAUGCUGGCCUUUAGUUUGCACACAAUUGUGAGUUUCAUCAGGGAUAAAUGCAGCUUUAGAUUUAAUCUUAUGGUUCAUCUUCUUUAACUUCUAUUUGUUUUUCAGGAUUAAAAGAGGGAAAAAAUAAAAGGCUUCUUAUCAGA